CCGAAUCUUGGUUCUCAGAGGGAGCUCGAGCUUGAGGAGGUUUGGAGUUGAACGGUACGAAGCUCCUAGUUUGGGGUUGACUGGCGCGGAGAUCGGUAACGCGGGUACCCAGAGCCUGCCAGGGUCGCGGACUCCGAGGUCCGGAGUGGGCGGGAAAGGGGCUAGCUCCGGGCGCACGGGCCCCGCCCCUUUCCGAGGGGGCUGGCCCGGAUUGGCUGUUCUUCCUCGACGUCAUGCGGCCCCGCCCCGGCGCGCGCCCGGCCGCGUGCCCACCCCCGCGCGGCUGCUGCAGCCUACGCUAGCUCCACCACAGCCUGUCCGCGGAGCGGGUGCCUGAGCCCCAGCGGCGAGGAGCUCGUCGUGGGGCUCCUGGGCCGCGGCGGCGGGCAGGCGAUGCUCCAGAGGCUCGAGCAGCCAUGGAGGCCGAGACGGGCGGCCUGGAGGAGCUGACGGAUGAGGAGAUGGCGGCUCUGGGCAAGGAGGAGCUGGUGCGGCGCCUGCGGCGAGAGGAGGCAGCGCGCCUGGCGGCUCUGGUGCAGCGCGGCCGCCUCAUGCAGGAGGUGAAUCGGCAGCUCCAGGGUCACCUGGGCGAGAUCCGCGAGCUCAAGCAGCUCAACCGGCGCCUGCAGGCCGAGAACCGCGAGCUGCGCGACCUCUGCUGCUUCCUGGACUCGGAGCGCCAGCGCGGGCGGCGCGCCGCUCGCCAGUGGCAGCUCUUCGGGACCCAAGCAUCCCGAGCCGUGCGCGAGGAUCUAGGCGGUUGUUGGCAGAAGCUGGCCGAGCUGGAAGGCCGCCAGGAGGAGCUGCUGCGGGAGAACCUGGCGCUUAAGGAGCUCUGCCUGGCGCUGGGCGAGGAGUGGGGCUCCCGCGGCGGCCCCGGCGGCUCGGGGGGCUCUGGCGCUGGGCCGACACCCGAGCUGGCCUUGCCCCCCUGCGGUCCCCGUGACCUGGGCGAUGGCAGCUCCAGUACCGGCAGCGUGGGCAGCCCCGAUCAGUUGCCCCUGGCCUGCUCCCCAGAUGAUUGAGGACACAGCUUCGCACCGACGCCCGCCCAGACUGCUCCUCAAACGCCAAGAUCGCGGUGGACCUCGGGACCCGGACGCCACCCCGGCUGCGCACGAGGGGCCGCUGACAUGGACUUAGAAACCCUAACACUGAGGAGGGCCCCUGACUCUCGCUGGCGGGGCAGCAGGGGCACUGGAGGCUGGAGCGGAGGGACUUGCUGGGGGCUGGGUGGAGGCUAAUAAACUGAGGCGGAAGCAGA